AUGAGCUUAGUCAACCUAAUAGGCGAACAAACUGGCAAUAAAUGCGGAUACUGCAAAACUGGAAAAUCUGCUAGCUUCGGAUUAGUGUGCGAAAAGAUGAAAGUCAACGUUUAUGAAGACCUUAUGCUUAAAGGCUGAAGAAGAUGUGGAAAUUACUAUUAUAAACCAAACUUAAGCAAAUCUUGCUGCAAAUUAAAUACGAUAAGGAUGGAUGCAAGCAAUUAUGAGCCCAAUAAAAAUCAGCGAAAAGUUACGAAAAAAUUCCAAAGGUACUUAUCAGGGUUAAGCAAAAAACCUAACAAUAAAGCAGAAAAGCGUGAAUCAAUUAAAGAAAUGCUUAUUGUCCCUGAAGAACUCUACGAAAAAGUAAAAAAUGCAGUCAUGGCUACUGUUAAUGCAUUAGGUGUUCAGUUCACCGUUGGAUUGUGUGUAAUUAAAAGAAAUUCUCCAAAUAGAGAAGCAAAAUUUGGGAAUUACUCAAUAAGUUCUGCAUUAGCAAUAAAUGCAAAAAUUAACUCGCUGGUAAGAGAGAGAAAUUCCUAUUUUUGGUAUAAAAAAAAAAUAUUUAAAUAUUUUCAUGUAAAAUAAUUUAUAAAUAAAUUUAAUAAUGAGAUGUCAGCUAAUUUUAUUAGCUUGCAUUCUUAAACUUAUUUAGAAAUUAAUAGAUUUUUGUUCUCAAAUAAUGGAAAUUAAAAUCUAUAAUAAUUUAUUUUUAAAAAGAGAUUUACCAAAAAAUGAGGGUUAAGCAAAAAGGGGAGGAAAGAAAUUUGGACGAAAUUAAUGAAAUUUUGAAAAACAAUCUUUUGCAAGAAAUAGAAAAUUCGAAAUGGAAAAUAUUUUCAGCAGAAAAAGGAUUUAUUAACUUAGUCGAAGAAGGAAUCUUGAAAAUUAAAAUCCCAGAAAAUCCCCGAAUGAGUGUAGAUGUAGAGACAAAUCCUCAUACUUAUGAAUACGAACUAGUCAAUGACGAUUUUUCUCAAGAAGCUUAUGAAAUUUAUAGGGAAUAUCAAAUUGCAGUUCAUAAAGAUAAACCUGACGAAAUUAAUCCUAAAGGCUAUGAAAGAUUUCUAUGCAAAUCUUCGCUAGUUAAAGAGCAACCAUCGAAUGAAUACCCUUUCGGCUUAGGCAGCUUCCAUAUGCUUCAUAAAAUUGACGGAUGCUUACUCCCUCAUACUUGAUCAAAAAUUGGAAAAAAUUAUCAGAUCCUCGUUCGAUUAUUUUUCUAUAGUCAAACAUAUCUCUCCUUUCUUUUAUAAUAAUGAAUAUAAGAAUAUUAUAAUGACACCCACGUAAGUUCAAUACAAUUUUUAGCAUAUUUUCUUAUAUAUUAGAUACUCUAUCUCUCAUUGCAAGUUCAUAACAUUUUUAUGCUAAAAAAUUUUUAAGAAAAUAAUUAUAUGAGUAUUUAUAUUUUUUAUUAAAAUAUUUUAAACCCUUUUUGAUCCAAAACAGGGUAAUGGGGGAAGUUAGUAGCUGUAAGUGUUCUUGAUAUUCUUCCAUCAGGACUUUCCGCGGUCUACUUCUUUUACUCUCCUGAAAUUACUUUUCUCUCCCCAGGUGUAUUCUCUGCUAUAAAAGAAAUAGAAUUUAUUCAAAAGCAUUUAUCAAGCAAUUUCAAAUACUACUAUAUGGGAUUUUACGUCGAUACCUGCCAAAAAAUGCGAUAUAAAGGGGAAUUUCACCCUAGCGAGCUUCUCUGUCCUGAAAAUUACUUAUGGGUCCCAAUAAAAGACUCCAUUUCCAAUAAAUCCCAUAACUUCUUAUCACUUUCAGGCUCUUCUCCUACCACUAAUUCCCUCCCCAAAAAUCCUGAAAUGGACUUUUCUAAUCUUGAUGUAACCUCUUUUGUGAUUCAAAAUGCAAAAAUUACCCUAAAUCGCCAAAUCUAUAAAGUAACUGACCUCAAUCCUCGUGGAAUGCAGAUAGUUUUAGAUAUCCUUGCCCAAGCUUUGCCAGUAGUAGGGAAAAAUCUGUUUAAAAGACUAAUUUACGCUUUUUAG